UGAAAUCAGAGGAGGGGGGCGAAGCUUAUUUGACAGGCGUUCCCCGGCUACCCGAGUAGCUGAAGCUGGCAGUCAAGCAGUAGACAUGUGUGGAAUCUUUGCCUAUCUCAACUACCAUGUGCCAAGGACUCGCCGGGAGAUCCUUGAGAUCCUUCUCAAAGGCCUGCGACGUCUGGAGUACCGUGGCUAUGAUUCAGCUGGUGUGGGGAUUGAUGGUGGUAAUGGCAAAGAGUGGGAAUCAAAUGCCAAAUCUAUCCAACUGAUCAAGCAGCGAGGAAAAGUGAAGGCUCUUGAUGAGGAGAUUCAUAAACAGCAGGAUAUUGAUCUGGAUGUGGACUUCGACGUUCACCUUGGCAUUGCACAUACUCGCUGGGCCACCCAUGGUGUGCCAAGCCCAGUCAACAGCCAUCCACAAAGAUCUGAUAAGAACAAUGAGUUUAUUGUCAUUCACAAUGGAAUUGUCACCAACUACAAAGACCUGAGGAAAUUCCUGGAGAGCAAAGGCUAUGACUAUGAGUCUGAGACUGAUACAGAGAGCAUCGCUAAGUUGGUGAAGUACAUGUACGACAACAGAGAGAGUGACGACAUCAGUUUUGCAACAUUGGUGGAACGGGUGACCCAGCAGCUGGAAGGAGCUUUUGCUCUGGUCUUCAAGAGUGUCCAUUACCCUGGUGAAGCAGUUGGCACAAGGAGGGGAAGCCCUUUGCUGAUUGGAGUGCGGAGUGAUCACAAGCUGUCCUCAGAUCAUAUUCCAGUGCUGUACCGCUCCUCCACUAAAGAUAAGAAAAGCUGCAGUGCUCUACCAAGGACAGACCAGGACACUUGCUUGUUCCCAGUGGAUGAGAAAGCAGUGGAGUACUACUUUGCCUCAGAUGCCAGUGCAGUGAUUGAACACACAAACCAGGUGAUCUUCCUGGAGGACGAUGACGUGGCCGCCGUGACGGAGGGACGGCUGUCCAUCCACAGGAUAAAGCGCACAGCCGGAGACUACCCAGCCCGUGCCAUCCAGACUCUGCAGAUGGAGCUUCAGCAGAUUAUGAAGGGCAACUACAGUUCUUUCAUGCAGAAAGAGAUCUUUGAGCAGCCGGAGUCUGUAGUCAACACCAUGAGAGGAAGAGUCAACUUUGACAACAACACAGUGACACUGGGUGGACUGAAGGACCACAUCAAAGAGAUCCAGAGAUGUCGGCGCCUUAUCCUAAUUGCUUGUGGCACCAGUUAUCAUGCCGGUGUAGCAACUCGCCAAGUCCUAGAGGAGCUAACAGAGCUGCCUGUCAUGGUGGAGCUGGCCAGCGACUUCCUAGACAGGAACACUCCAGUAUUCCGAGACGACGUCUGCUUCUUUAUCAGCCAGUCAGGGGAGACUGCUGACAGCCUCAUGGCUCUGCGCUACUGUAAGGAGAGAGGAGCUCUGACUGUGGGCAUCACCAACACAGUGGGCAGCUCCAUCUCCAGAGAGACCGACUGUGGAGUUCACAUCAAUGCAGGCCCAGAGGUCGGAGUAGCAAGCACCAAGGCCUACACCAGCCAGUUUGUGGCCCUGAUCAUGUUUGCACUGUUGAUGUGUGAUGACAGGAUUUCCAUGCAGCCCAGACGCCGCGAGAUAAUCCAGGGCCUGAGGGUGCUUCCAGAUCUGAUUAAGGAGGUCCUCAGUUUGGAUGAUGAGAUCCAGAAGUUGGCAACAGAGCUAUACCAGCAGAAGAGUGUACUGAUCAUGGGCAGAGGCUACCAUUAUGCUACCUGUCUGGAAGGAGCUCUGAAAAUCAAGGAAAUCACGUACAUGCACUCGGAGGGCAUCCUGGCUGGAGAGCUAAAGCACGGUCCACUGGCCCUUGUGGAUAAACUGAUGCCGGUUAUCAUGAUAAUCAUGAGAGACCACACCUACAUCAAAUGUCAGAAUGCCCUGCAGCAGGUUGUUGCCCGACAGGGCCGUCCCAUUGUAAUCUGCGACAAAGAUGAUUACGAGACCAUCAGGAAUUCCAGCCGCACCAUCAAAGUGCCUCACUGCGUGGACUGCCUGCAGGGCAUCCUGAGCGUCAUCCCUCUGCAGCUGCUGUCCUUCCACCUGGCUGUCCUCCGAGGUUAUGAUGUGGAUUGUCCAAGAAACCUGGCCAAGUCUGUGACAGUGGAGUGAAUCGCACCAUUCAUCACCCAAUGAAAGCGUGGCGGGCACAUAUUCAAACACACGUACAGACAGCAGGGGAGCGUCUGUGUGAAGAUACCAAGAGAAGACAAAGUCCUGUUUAUGUGUCUUGUGUCAUGGCUCUGUUAAGGCAAUCUUUUCCUCAGCAGUUGUGUGUAUCACUGUUGCAUAUUAUCUGUAUCUCACUGUCUGGUUUCUCAGAAAUGUUAGGGAUUAUCUUUUUUUUUUUUUUUUUUUUUUUUUUUUUUUUUAUUAUUUUGUGUGUAGUGGCAAGGUCUGGGCUGACACUAACAUACUGUAUACCUGUACGAACUGACACACGUCUCUAGUACUGAGCUACAAUCAUUUGAAUUAUUCACAUCUAAGCUCAAAAUACACGAGUCUACUUUGUAUGUUUAUGUGAGCUGAUUAGUCGCACUGGGAGCUUUUUGGAGCUGAUUUUAACUGUUGAUAGAGGUUUGGUUUUAAAUGCCUUACUGGCUCAUUUUUCUUUAGUGCAAUGAUUUCUAGUGUAGAUAUUUUUCUUUGGCAGCUAAUCUUUAGAAGUGUCUUUACUCUACAGCUGAAGUAAAUGACAGUCUUAAAUCAUUCCAAGACCAAAUCACUUCUUCAUAACUGCAGCAUCAUAAAGCAUUUUAUCUGCAGUGUUUUUGUCUGCCUCUCCUUUGGACUUUCCUCUAAGUGAAGACCAUUUACGAAAGUAGCAUCUGAAGUGAGUGAUCGAGGGAUCACAGCAAAGCUGAUGAAUAUUGUACACUAUUGUAAAUGUGUUUUUGCGUAGCUUGUUUCAAGGUACAAAAUGUGCUAAACACACUGUUUGCAUUACACACUCUGGCUUUGGUUAACAAGAAAACAUCUUGUUUACUGAAAAUCUACACCAGAGUAUGGAGACUAUCAUCAUCCUUUGCCUUUUACUUUUUUUGUUUUGGCCUCUGUUGCCUGAAGAAAGAGACCUUAUUGCUAAAAUCUGAUCUGAACAGAUAAUGAACUGAAGCUAAUUCAGUAGAUGAGAUGAAGUUACCAAAUGUACAUGAAGUAGAAACUGCACAGACUUGUCAGCCCACAUCUUGCCACCCUGUUUGCUAUAUUUGCAAUACUGGGACCAUUUCUAGGUAUAUUUUCUGUCUUUAAUAUUUUGUUUUGUUUUUUUAUAUAUAUAUAUUUUAUAUUUUGAGGUUACUCUGACUUAAAAUGUGAAUGUUACACUCAAUUUAAAUUAUCCUGUCAAACCAAAAAAAUCUCUGCAAUGGCUUUGGCAGUUGUAAACCAAAACAUAUUGUAUAUGUUAAUCCUAUGUUAAAUUUAUUUGUCACCAAACAUUUCUGAUGCUGGUAGAUUGUCUGGAGUCAUAUGCCAGCCAUGGGUGUUUGUGUGUUCCAACAUGUUUAAAAGCCAAGGAAAGGGUGAUGCUGUACACAUAGGGUUGUGUAGUGAAGAAACGGAGCUGCUUGUUUUUCUUUUUAUAUAAAUAUAUAAUCUGUUACAUGUUUUAGGUUUAUAUUUAUCUUGCUUUUCAAAAUUAAGCUUUCACAUUUACCUUCUUUUCCCUGACGUUGCACCUAUCCUGAGCCAGUCUAAGGGUUGAAAACUGGACAAUGUUGCAGGUACUUUUGUAACUUACAUCAAGUUGUGAUUUCAUAAGUUAAAGCAUUGAUAUGGAUGCUGCACUGUAAUCUUAGAAACACCCGAAAAGCUGAUGGGAUACUGAGGGAAUGGGAAUUGUUAGCAGAAAUGAUGCAAUAAAGUGUCAGUACUUCUCUUUU